CGACGAUCCAGUGGGACGCGAUGCGCGCGGCGGAGGCGGCGGCGUGCGAGGUGGUGCUGCGCGUCCACCGCCAGGCAGAGCGCCACCGCCAGGACGUCAUCGGCUACCUCAAGCGCAUCGGCUCCUCCGUCGGCUGUGAGUAUAUUCAGGCUGUUUCAGAAGCAUAUCUCACUCGACACUAGCAGUACAGGUGUAAUCGUGUUAGGUAAAAAUGCAAUGUUCUUCAGGCUGUUUCAGAGUACACUGAUGACCAUUAAAUUUCUCAGUCAAUAAAGGUAUGACAAAAAGGAUCUCGCAAAUUACAGUAUUCCAGCAUCCAUGCAUCUGUACCCAUCAAGCCGUCUCAUGAAAAGGUACCGUGUUCUGUUUUUAGCUGGGAAUUGACCGAAUUCGGAAAUGAAGAUGCCUUGUUAUGCUCUAACAACGUCGCAGAACUGAAGCAGUUAUCUUAUAACAGACUCAGUCUCUAUUAUCUUCAGCUUUUUCAGACUCUCUAAGCCACUCCUGAAGUUUCAGUUCUUGUUCUUCUUUGAACUUAUUGUAAGUCUCCACGGUUUUGGCAAUAUCAGUUUCCUCACAUUAGUUUGUGCUAUCUCUUGAUGCUAUUUGCGGGCUGAGCCCUUUGCAAGUACAAGAUAAGGGAUAAUGGAUUUGUAUCUUAAUGUUUUUCAGUUCUAGUUAUUUGGUGAUUGUUAUUGUCAGAAGCUCAUCUUAUUUUUAUUCUUUAGUGACAUGACUCAUGAGGCAGUAGCCUUCAUUGUCGAGGAUUGUGGAUUCUCUGAAAGACAAACUCAUGGCUCUACUAGGAUGUUCAUGAGGACCCUUGAGUCUUGUCUUGCUAUCUUGCCCACAUGAGGAGUCUUGCAGGCUCUGUCUCAUUCGUUUUGUAUCUUUCAAUGCUAAGCUCAAGUAAAGCGUCUGGCUUCUCUGUGAGAAGCGAGCGAAUAAUACAUGAAGCAAUACAUCUUUUUUUAUACUAUAGUAAGCCAUCUAGGCUCUCUACAUUUCUAGCACUACCUCGAGUACUUACUAAAUUCAUUAAUUUUUCGUUCUAUUAAUUUUUGUGACCUUGAUAAACACUUUAUCUAUGAAUCAACCAUGUGACAUCUUCCUACCGGAUUGGGUUACAACUAAUAGUUUAAUUCCUUUGCCCUUCUAGAUCAUCAUGCCCCUAGCCAUGUCAAAUUAUUUAAGAGCACAUAUCUUGUGAGAACUAGCUAAACUUGAAAACUAUGUCAAAACUCAUAAGUAGAUGGUUACAACUAAUAGUUUUUCUUUUUACACCUUCCAUUGCUAACUAUGCUUCCGAGGAACAAAUGAUAAUUGGAUUCUUGUCUUGCUUACUUUCUUCUACAUUUUUGCAGUUAAUGUAAAUGAAAUAUGUAUGAGUUGUUCAAAAAGAUAAGCAAUGUCAUGGUUGAUGAUGGCUUGAUUAAUAAGGUGCUCCAGAUCUUCAUGAGGAGAUGAUUCAUUUUAGUAGUGUGGUUGAUGUUUCUAAGUUGAGGAUCAAGUACACCUGAAGUUACUUAGUUAAUUAUUACUGAUUUGUUAGUUCUCAAAUUUGUGUAAUAACAAUUUUGUUCUCACUUCUGUCACUUCUGUUUUUUAGUUGGACGUAUUAGUAUAUUAAACUUCAAACUUUAAGUUGCAAGAGCCCACCCGUUAGUAUCCUACUUCAAACCACUUCCCAGCAAAAAAAGUAAAAAAAAUGCAGCAGUCAGAUAGGAACUGGUGUCACGCUGGAAAAAAAAACGCCCUAAAAAGUAAAAAAAAACUCGAAGGCGCGCUCAAAUAUAAUAGCGCGCUGAAAAAAAUCAAAGGGACGCGGCGCUACUAUAUGUCCUGGAACGGAACGGAACCGCGAAGAGCUUGCUAGGCUAUGUAGUUCCAUCAUUUAACCACCUUGCGGUAGACAGGAGGGCCAUUUAACCAUCUUGCGGUAGACCAGGAGCCCUCGGUGGCCACCGCUCGCCGGCAGCACGACGUCACGGAGACAGCACCUGCCUGAGCCGUCACCUCCAUCGUGACGCCUCACUCUUCCCCGUCACUGCUUUCCCCACCCCCGCCCGCCGAUCCACCCCAUCCGAUCCGAGCACCUUCUCACCCAUCGCCACCGCCGCCCUCCUCGUUGUCGCAGAGAGAAGCGGCGGCACCGAUGGGCCGCCCGCCGAGCACCGGCGCCCCGGCGUUCCGCUUCCUCCCGUCCGAGGUGGCGGAGAUGGAGGCGCGCCUGCAGCAGCUCAACAACGCCAUCCCCACCCGCGCCGUGCUGCAGACGCUCGCCGACAAGUUCUCCGCCUCGCCCGAGCGCGCCGGCAGGGUCACCAUCCAGCCCAAGCAGGUGUGGAACUGGUUCCAGAACAGGCGCUACUCGCACCGGGCCAAGACCACCAGGGCCGCGCCGCCGCCGGCGGCUAAGAUGACGCCCUCGGGGGCCGACCACCUCCAGCACGCCGCCAACUCCUCCGCCUUCAGGGCCGGUCAGCCCUCCGCUGUCGCCGCGCACCACGGCUCCUCCCCCUCCGCAGGGAAGAACCCUGUGGAGGGUGUCCAGGUCGAGUUCGAAGCCAAGUCAGCUCGAGAUGGCGCAUGGUAUGAUGUUGCUGCGUUUCUGUCUCAUAGGUUGUUUGAAUCAGGGGAACCGGAAGUACGGGUUCGUUUUUCUGGAUUUGGAGCAGAGGAAGAUGAAUGGAUCAAUGUUCGCAAAUGUGUGCGACAGCGUUCUCUUCCAUGUGAGGCCACUGAAUGUGUUGCAGUGCUUCCAGGGGACCUAAUUCUUUGCUUUCAGGAAGGUAAAGAACAGGCUCUCUAUUUUGAUGCUCGUGUCCUUGAUGCCCAAAGGAGAAGGCAUGAUGUAAGAGGAUGCAGAUGUAGAUUUCUUGUUCGCUAUGAUCAUGAUUCUUCUGAGGAAAUUGUUCCAUUGAGGAAGGUGUGCCGCCGACCAGAAACUGACUACAGGCUUCAGAUACUGCAUGCAGCUAGAGCGGCAGCCACCAUGGAUGUUCACACCCCACCCAAAGAGGUUAAACUAGAGCUGACAUCCAACGAGAAGAGCCCAGCAGAGCAGAAAGCCCCGAAGCAGCACAAGAUGAUGGAUGUGAACACCGAUGAGGUGACCAUGGUCUCCGGCGUGGAACAAGAAGUGACACCAGCCAAGGCUGGAGCUGGAGCCUCAUUACCGUCAGCAACGCCAGAAACCCGCAAUUCGAGUUCAGAUGUGAUGAGGGAUGGGGAGUCUGCCUCGGUGGUUGAAGAUGAUGAUGAAGUACAAGUGGUGGAGAAGAUGAAAGAGGGGGAUUAGUUUGUUUGUUUUUUCCGUGCAUUGUGCUGGGUUAACUUGAUGUUGUCGUACAAAUUUGACUAAUUUAGUAGUAUAUCUAUUUAGCUCAGAGCCUAUUGUAUUUACCAUCUAGCGUCUUGGUGGGCUUGGAAGAUUGCUCCUUAACAGCUUAAGUGAAAGUUGACUGUUUCGAAGGUAA